AUGCUUCUCCCCAGCGCCAAGCUCGAUGUGUCGGCCCGCAACCGCAGCAAUUCCAACCUCGACGCCUUUUCCCCCGUCAACAACGACGGCUGCUUCGAAUUCGAUCGUGUCCUCAAGAGUGGUUAUGUUCAGAAGCGCACCCAAAAGACAAAGAAAUGGAAGAACAUCUACAUCGUCCUACGUCCCAACACUCUUUCCAUGUACAAGACCGAAAAAGAGGACCGUCUACGACACCAGAUCUACCUCUCCGACCUGACCGCUGUUGCCGACCUCAAGGAUCCCAAGCACAAACGCCAGAACGUUUUUGGCCUCUUCUCGCCCUCCAAAAACUACCACUUCCAAGCGCCCACCGCCAAGGAUGCCCAGGAGUGGCUCGACCUGAUCCGCAAAGAUGCCCGUAUCGAGGAGGAGGAGGAUGAAAUGUUCAUGGCCAGCCCGAUGCGCCCGUCAGUCGGCCGCGAGUCUAUCCCUUUCGCCGGUUCCAUGGAUCGCCUAGGAGAGCACGAGCGAUUCCUUUCUAGCUCUCCCGAGCCCUUUGCAACGCCACUUCCCAAAUUUGCAUCCGGAAACAAACGGCGCUCGUCCUUUCUUGAGUCUUCAGGCCUCUCUGGCGCGGAGCUGGCCUCCCAUUCCGACUUCUCCGACAACGAGGCUACCCGAAUGCACGACCCUUCCAUCGAAAGCCUCGCAGUGCAAAACCCUACACCAGGAUUAAUGCGCCAGCCUGGCUUUGGUAUUCAAUCCGCAAGCCAGACGAGCGUGUCCAAUUUGGAACAGGACCCGGACCGCGUCAUUUGGCAGGGUAAGCUGUGGUUCCUCCGCACCCGCCGUGGUGUCCGCCAGUGGAAGGACAGGUGGGCCGUUCUCCGCCCACGUAACCUCAUCCUCUACAAGGAUGAGUCCGAGUACAAGGCCCAAUGGAUUCUUCCUCUUCCCGUGGUGGUUAAUGUUGUCGACAUUGACCCGCUGGGCAAGACUAAGAACCACUGCCUUCAGGUCAUCACCGAGGAGAAGACCUACCGCUUCUGCGCCCACGACGAGGAGGCACUUGUUCAGUGCCUGGGCGCCUUCAAGAGCUUGCUCGCUAAGCGUCGUGAGCUCGAAGCCCGGGCUGCCGCCGCCUCAUGA